AGAUCUGGAAACAGUGGACACACAAACCUCAGGCUUUGACUAAUAAUGAUGGCGACGGCGGCGCCUCCCUGCAGCUCGAGCCUCCUCCCUCUGCUGGAGUCUCUGGAGGACAGCGCUGCUGGACAGUCCGAGCACACAGACGCCUACCUCACCAUAGCCAAUCGCCUCAGUGGAGAAGAAGCUCGCCAGUUUCUCCCUGCAGUUGAAAAGCACUUUUCCCGUCUCGGUAAAGUCCUCUUGAUCCACAUCACCAGUCCGAACGCAGAGCUGAGUCAAGCCGCCCUGCAGGCGUUGGGCUUUUGCGUGUACCAUUCUCACGUUGUCUCCGGAGUGCCUGAAGCCUUUGCCGCAGAAAUACUGUCAGCACUUUGCUCCCUGGUGGUGAAGUCGACGGACAAGAACACAUGCACCAGAGCAUUAUGGGUCAUCUCCAAACAGAGCUUUCCUCCAGAUGUAGUUUCCAAAAAAGUGUCGUCCAUACUGGGAACUCUGGAGAGUGUGUGGAGCAGAGAAGACAUCCAGUCUGUUGUCAUGGAGCAUGAAGCCUUGAACGUUAUCAUCAGGAUGCUGGAGCAGGUUCCGGCUCCGAUGGGCGAUGGAGCAGUGCGAUGGGCGAAGCUGAUCAUUCCUCUGGUCGUUCACUCCGCCUCCAAGGUGCGUCUACGCGCAGCGGCCGCCAUGGAGAUGGGGAUGCACCUUCUGCUGGAGAAACAGACGGAGGUGGCCGCUAUCAUCGAACCGAUGAUGUCGUCGAAACUGAUCCCAGAGCUGCAGAAGCUUUUCAUGUCCAAGAAUGAAAUGAACGUCCUGAAGCUCUGGCCUCUAUUUGUGAAGCUGCUCGGGAAGAUGCUGCACAGAGGAGGUCCCUUCAUCAACUCUCUGCUGCAUCUGGAGGAGCUCGGAUUCCGCAGCUCCUCUCCCACUAUCAAGAAGAUCGCCUUCAUCGCCUGGAAAAGCCUCAUCGACAACUUCUCCCUCAAUCCAGACAUCCUGUGCAGCGCCAAACGCAUGAAGCUCCUGAUGCAGCCGCUCGCGUCCAUCCACGUCAGGACAGAAGCUCUGCUGCUCACCAAGGUGGAGGUGUGGUGGUACCUGGUGGUGCAACUGGGACCCAACCUGUCGUCCAACUUCGAUCAGGUUUCCGUGCCUUUGCUGCAGUGCACCAUCGGAUGUGACUCCCCCUCGGUCCCGUCCACUCCGUCUAGAGCCGUCACCCAAAAUGGUGCCGUUACACCUGGAACACCCAAAACCGCGGCCACUCCGGGCUUCAACAGUCCAGCCAACACGUCUCGAAUGAGCCUGAACUCCAGCGUCCAGGUCCCCACCACCUUCCCCUCCAUCCAGCUGCUCGGCCUGGAGAUGCUGCUCAACUAUUUUCUGGGACCCGAGACUGUUGCCACGGCAGCAAAAAGAAAACUCACCCUGAGUCUCGAGCCCCUGAACCACCCGCUCGUCUCCGGCGCCUCCUCCUUCUCCAAACAUGCUGCUGUUCUCAUCUCAAACAUCAGAGAUGGAUUCAUCAAUGUCGGCAAAGACGCUCCAGAUGCUCUUCUGAACGUUUUAUGGACGAGUCUUGUGCGUUUUGUCAACAUGACCAUAGAGUCUGGAGGCAGCAAGAAGGAGCGUCAGGGCUGUGAAGUUCUCACCCUGAUGCUUCAGGCCCUGCAGAGCAUCGUCACCUCAGAAGCUCUGCCUGCUGACAAAGUCCUGGUUCUGCUGGAGGCCACGCUGAAGGGAAUUCCUCAGAGAGUUCUUGGCUCUGCCUCUUACCAGGUCGGCAAGAUGGACGUGCUCAAUGGAACACCAGCUCUUUUUCUCAUCCUCCUCCUCUACAACAGCAGCCUGCUCUCAGCCUACAUCGAGGACGAGAGAUUCUUUCAGUGCCUUCAAACUCUGGUGGGCUGCGGCCUGUCGGGCCACACCUCCCCUCUGGCGUUCGCCGAGGCGGUGCUCGGUGCCAUCGGAGGCAGCGCCGCGUCUCUGCAGAGCAAGGAGCAGCUGUGGAGGAUGUGGAGCGUGAUGGUCGGUCCGCUCACAGACACCAUCACACAGUCUAAUGAAGUGAACCAAGGUGAUGCUCUGGAGCACAACUUCAGCGCCAUGCACUCUGCGCUGCUCUUCCCCAUCACACACCUUCUACGGGGCUCCCCUCUGCAGCAGGCGUCCCAGAAGUCCAUGUUGUCCACGUGGUCCAAACUGUACAAGGUGUUCGCCCGCUGCUCAGCGCUGGUGGUCACGGCCGAGGAGAACGUCUGCUGCGAGGAGCUCUGUGCGAAGAUGGCGGCUUCGAUCGACAGAGACGCGCUGAAGGUCCCCUCUACUUUAAAUGCAGUUGCCAGCCUCCUCCAGGUGAUGGUGGAGUGUGUGGACUUCUCUCCGUACUCUCCUCAGUUUCAGCAGAAGCUAAAGUCUCCUCACACUCCUGUGAACUGGAUGAGGAAGAGGAACAAGGCUCUGGGGAACUUGUCCACGUUUCAGUCCCUGCUGGUCCAGUGUCUGGAGGUUUAUCUCCAGGCCCCCGACGUGUCGUUUGAGGCCACAGGAGUCUCGCUGCUCUCCGUCAUGUCGGCUCUCUUCACCAAUCUCAUCCUCGCCAACGUCGUCCAGGAGACGCUCGCUUCUCUGGUUCAACCUCUCUCACUCUUCUACAAACACGCAGCCAGCGAGCCGCCCGAGUUCACAUCGCAGAUUCUGACAAAGCUGGAGAAGCUUCUUGGUGACGUCCUGGGCUGCGUUCAGAGCCGCUCUGCGUUGCCCUUCAAUAACGAGCUGCUGGCUCUGCUCUCUCCUCUGCUGUGUGUGUUGUUCCCACACAAGAACAAGCAGCUUCGCACGUCGGUCACUCAGUUCUGGAACUCCACCUUCGCCAACUCGGUCAGCCUCACUUACCCCGAAGAGAUCAGACCGAUCCUGAGCCAAGUGAAGCAGAAGAUCCCGAUCAUUCUUCCCGGCUUUGAGGUCGUCGCGGUUUCUGAAGAGCUCAGUGGCCAAUAUUCAGGUGAGAGUUCCCAGUUAGAGACCAAGCUCAGCGGGAUUCCUGUUUUGUCAGUGGGAAAGAGGGACUCGCUGCUGGGGAAGGACAAGAGCUCCCCGAAGACGUCCAAGCCAGUUUCUACAAAGCUGGAUUUUGGCUCUCCCAAGCCCCCCCGCCGAGAGGUUUUGGAGGAAGAGGCCUCCAUCGACUUUGUCUUCAUUCCUCCUGAGACGAAGGAGAGAGUUUUGACAGAGCACCAGAAGGAGGUGAAAAGGACUAAAAGGGUUGAUAUUCCGGCCAUGUACAACAACCUUGACGCUUCUCUGGAUACAACAGUUUUCACUCAGUACACUCAGAGCCAAGAGGACUCUUCGGAGAAACUGCAAACAGAACAAGCUGACGAGGUCCCCACAGAAGCUCCUGACAAGGUUCCACAGGAAGAUAUGGAAAAUGAAGAAACCAAUAAAAUUGCAGCAAGAGAGACUGGAGACUGCCCGAAAGAAAAAGAGACUGAGAACCACCAGCAUGAAGAAAUGAUCCCUGAGCCAUCAGAUGUUUCCAUGGAGGACGAUGCCAAGAGUGGUGAUACAGCAGAAGACAUGGACGUACAGUCUAAAGACGGCUCAAGUCCUAACAUCUCCAGCUCCUCAGAUUUGGUCUCAGGGACGCCUCAGAAACCCAACAGUCGGCGUCAGUCCUUUAUCACUCUGGAGAAGUAUGCUGAGGGAAAACCCUCCAGCCCCAGCAGUACGUCCACAUUCACAGGUCCUCUCGUCAAGUCGUCCAAUAGCCAAGAACGCUCCAACACCAGCAAGGCAUCGUCUUCUCAGGCUUCACAGACAUCCACUGGUCCAAGCUCUCUGGAUUCCCAAUCCCCUGGAAGAAUGGAAUCGCAGCAUCCUGUUAACAAUGCCUCCGAGUCCCCUCGAAGACCGAAAGACUCUGGGAUUAAAAGCGAGCCCGUCAGGCUGACUGAGAGACUGCCCAGUGACACGACAGAGGACGAAGAUGUUAUCCCAGACACCCAAACUGAAGCGGAGGAAACAUCGAGUCAGGAAGAGGAAUUGAACGAUUCUCAGUCCUCUAUGUCGCAGAAUUCUCAAAAGGAAACCAGACGAUCUGGGCGCCGCAGAGUCAAACCGGUGCUGCUCGGAGACAAACCUGAAGAACGGGAAGAAAAACACAAUGUUAAAAGGAGACGUUCUGGAGAGAAGCUCAACAAUGAUUCUCCGAACUCGGACCCAACACAGAACAGAGUAACCAGGAGAAGUCAGCAGUUAGCUGAGGAAGCUGGCAGCAGGGAUGGAUUACGAUUGAGGGCUCAGAGGGACAACAGUGAGACGAGCCAAACCGAGUCUCAGGGUAGAGCCCACAAGAAAAUCAAACUGUACAGCAAUUCAGAUGAGUUACUCGAUAACCCUGAACCCAGAAGAGGAAGGAGAAGAAGCACCAUAGAGCAAGAGUCCAGUCAAACUGAUCUGCAGUCCGACAGUGACAGCCAGUCAAAGAGAAAGCGCGGUCGCCCAAGAAAAGUAUCAUUAGAGAUUAAGAGAACGAAGGAUUUGCAUGAGAAAGAACAGUCUAGACAAAUUGCCUCACAUGAAGUUGAUCUUGUAGAACAGAAGGAAAAGGAUGAUCAUGAACAAAAGAACGACUCUCAGAUUGUUACUCUUUCCCCACAAACUGGUGCCAGAUCCCAAGAGGUUGAACUUGUGGAACAAACUGAAAAAGAUGCCGUUAAGCCAAAAGAUUCUCAAAUCCUGACCUCUUCUCAAACUGAUGGCCAAUCCCCAGAUUUAGAGCUUGUAGAAGAGACCAAAAAGGAAAAGGGAGAUUGUUCAAUAUUGGUCUCAACCAGCGAGGCCCAAGACGGAACCGACGCAACAAACCAGCUGGAGAAUGAAUCUGAGGUCAAAGGCAAACCAGAAACAAGCACUAGCAUUAAUGAUGACCUCAGUCAAGAGGACUCUGAAGUGAUCACACCUGUAUCUUCUGAAAGCCAGUCUCGGCGUAGAUCCAGUAGAAGCAAGCCCUCAUCUGAGGCAGCGGAGUCCGAAGACAAGAGUGACAGUCAGUCUUCAUCAGGAAGACGGAGUCGGUCCAAUUCAAAGACAACUGAAUCAGCUGUUGCUCAGGCGGAGGCCAGCAUUGGAGGUAAAACCAGAAGAAGCAAAGCACAAGAAGAUUUGUCCAAAUCAACUCCUGGCUCAACCCCAGAGGGUUCUCAGUCGUCAGAUGUUCCUGGAUCAUCAGAGUCCAAAGGCAGGGGCAGAUACUCCAGACGAAAGUCUUCCCCAGGGUUAGUGGCCAGUUUGGAGUCUUCAGAGUCUGAAUCCUCGCAGGCCAGAGACGUUACUGUCAUGCCCAAAAAGAGAGGGAGGAAACCGCGAGCUUCACUCCCGAUUCCUCUCGUCGUCGAUUCUAAAAUAGAUGGAAUCGAUAAGGAUGUGACACAGAAUGUUGUUAAAGAUUCUCAAGAAGCAGAUACGCAAAUAAUGGAAGCCACGGCUGAGACGGUUUCAGAUGAAGUCCAGGAUAAAGUUGAAAUGGAGGAGCAACGUAACCACGAAUCACCAACGGAGGUAGAGGCUGAUGCUGUUGUGGCCUCGGAGCCCGUCGUUCCUGAGAAAUCUGAGACCGAUGACACAGAGAGAACCGAUGUGUCACCGAGCAAGAACGAGCAAAGAGACUCUCCAACAGAAACUGAUGAUACGUCUUCUCAAGACACUGAGGCCUUCGAAGUGCCUGAAGCAGUUGGGGUCAGUAAUGAGCAGAUACAGGAAGAUUCGCCACCUGCUGUUGGAACGCUGGUGUCUCCGGAUGAGACGACGGAGACACCUCAGGUCUCAGAGUGUCCAGAGGACAAAGCUGAAGACGUUUCUGAAACUGGGGACAGUGAUAAAGAAAAUGAAAAAGCUGAUUCGGACCAAGAACAUCCAGUUGUUCCAGUGGAAGAUGCAUCUCCAGAUGGAAACCAGGUUGAGUUUCCAAAUGUCAUAGAUGAGCCUUCAAAAGAGGAGGAGCCGUCGGACCAGCCCACAGAGGUCAGCGUGGACGAAGACAUCACACCUCUACCGGAGAAUGAUGAUGAUGACAGAAGCACCCAGAUGCCGGAGUGUCGGGAGGAAGAGCAAACGCCGGCGGCCGAUGCUGAGACCGAUGUAGUCGUGAACUUGGAUGCGGCUCUUACAGAUCUGUGCGAUGCUCCGGUGUCUGCGGACGCUUCUGUCAAAGAUGCUUUUCAGGAUUCUCCAGUGAGGCAGAAGGACCUGGAGGCUGUCAUGGGCUUAGAUGUUGGCCAGAGCCCCAGCGGAGGCAGGACCAGAGGAACCUGGUCUCCCUCAGCCUCCCCCUCCACCAGUAUUCUGAAGAAGGGCCAGAAGAGACCACUAGAGGAUGAGACCCCCUCGCCUCUCGUCAAAUCCAGACGCGUGUCUUUUGCCAAUCCGAUCCAGCGGCAGGAAAUCGCGGACGACAUUGAUCGUCGCAGCCCCGCCAUCAGAACCAGUUCUCCCAGAAGAUCCAAAGUUAGCGCUAUCCCUCAACCCAAAUAUGUCACGACUCCGACGAAGGGCUUGCUGAUCCUGAGCCCCAGGAAUCUGCGCAGUCCAGGUUCCAAGAGCUCCAAGAAAUGCCUGAUUUCUGAGAUGAGCCAGGAGCCUCGUCCUGUCCCCAGAGACUGCAUCUAUCCGGCCCUGGUCGGCUGCUCUGCACCCGUAGAAGCUGUGCUGCCUCAGAUUUCCUCCACCUUGUGGUCCCGGGGGUUCGGGCAGCUCGUUCGAGCCAGAAACAUCAAAACGGUCGGAGACCUCAGCGCUUUAACUCCCCACGAGAUCAAGACUCUGCCCAUCCGCUCCCCGAAGAUCUCCAAUGUCAAGAAGGCACUUAAGUUUUACGAACAGCAGCGUAAAGGUCGAGGUGGUGACGAGUUGAAGAGUUUUGAUGAAAUGGAGAUGAUGACGUCUGAACUGGAGGAGACCAGUGCUCCUCAAAACCAGGAGGACGAGGAUAAGACCUCAGGCGAGACUCUCGCAACGGAGCUGGUGGACGAACCCGUUCCUGCAGAUGAAACAUCGCACCAGGACGUCUCCGCUAAUCAAACGCCCGACACGCCGACAGGAGCAGAACGGGAAGGACCGCUUCACGAUGACGGGCUCCUGUCGGACGUGGAGGCCCUCACCUGCAGGAUGACGCCACUAGAACUCAGUCGCUGCUCGCCGCAGCAGCUCGUCCGGAUGCACGAUCAGCUGGGAGGCAUGAUGAGCCGCGUGGUGGUCGAGCUGCAGACGCGCCUCUGCCAGACGGACGGCAAAACAUGAAGCGACCCCUGGUGGUCAGACUGCUGCACAGGCCUGGAGGGGCACAUGAAGUAGAUGGACAUAUUUUUUAAUAUCCAGCCAGACUUUGUGUUGAAUCAGAUGAUUUUACCUUUUGAAUCCAAUAUAUUUUUUGGCCUUUUUCGCAGCUUUUUUGAAGUUUUUUCUUUGAGAAAGGUUUUUUUUUUUUAAAUGAACUCUCACAGCACAUUACUUUUAUCUCUGUAGCUUGAGCUGUUGGGUAGUUUAAUAACAUUUUAAUAAACACUCAGAGGGAAGCACGUUCACACUUUUUUAAAGCUGUGACUAAAGAUUUUUAUAGCCGUAGUAGGGACGGGACAGUAUUUUCCCUCUGUAGACUUUGUAAUAAGGCACUGAUGCAGUGGAACAUACUCUGAAACAUGUUGGCACAGACGACGUCACUUCCUCCCCCGAGCCUGUUGUUCGGGCCGUUUGCAACUCAUCAGUGCUCUUGUACAGUUUUGUAGCUUCUAGGUUUCUUUCCUGUCGUCUCACGUAAACGUCUUAUCUCAUUUUUAAUGUAAAGAAACAAACAUUAGAACUGUCUGCACUUCUUUAUUUGUGACUUUUAAAUACUUUAAAUAAAAUAACUGAUGAGGACUUUUAA